UUUUGACGGUUGGAUUUAAUACCUUUUGUGAUACUCCUACCUUAAAAGCCUUCAGCGCUUGAGGCUUGAGCCUUGAGCAAUGAGCUCGCUUGCCUCAGCUGCUCAGCUUACAGUGACGCGACUAAACCUAAUCUCGAGACUAUCGAAUAGAUGUGAUGAGUCCAGAAAAUCUGUCUGUAAACAACUUUGAUACGCCUAUUUAAUGCAAAUAUUUCUAAGAUUUUACCUCUUUUUACUCACGCUUUAAGAUGGCAUUCAAUCUAGCGGCGUUUUCUUAUAUUAUAGCUCUGAUAGCAGAUGCUUUCCUCAUAUUUCUUGCAAUUUUUCAUGUCAUUGCAUUUGAUGAGCUUAAAACAGAUUAUAAAAACCCCAUUGAACAGUGCAGAAGUUUAAAUCCAUUGGUGCUUCCUGAAUACAUUCUCCACAUUGCUUUCAACAUAUUGUUUCUGUUUUCUGGAGAAUUCUUCUCUCUAUGUCUCAAUAUACCCCUCAUUGCUUACCAUAUUAAUCGGUAUCUUCAUAGACCUUCCUACAUGAGUGAACUUGGAUUGUAUGAUGCAACUACUAUAAUGAAUGCAGAUGUUCUUGGUAAAUGCCAGCGAGAAGGAUGGAUUAAAUUGUCGUUCUAUUUGCUGUCUUUCUUUUACUAUCUCUAUGGGAUGAUAUAUUCGCUUAUCUCAGCUUAAGCAAGCAAGCCUUGGUUUGCUCUUGAUAAGUUUUCAUGUAUUUCUUGUGCCCCUUCAACAAAAAUAAUGUUUGGUGUUGAAUAGUUUCACGUACUCAUUCAUUUGACUUUGGAGCUUUUUUGUACUCUUGUCAUUCAUCCAAGACUGUUCCAUUUGUUAUCUGUGUAGGUCUCUUUGGGGGACUAAAGCUCAGUAUAUUGUACAUAUUUACAAGUGAGGUUGCUCUUAACAUCUGUACUACAUGUGAUUAUGAAUGAAUUGUGUAUUACUAAUGAAAUUUUGAAUCAGAUGUUCCCUCAUGUUUGUCAAAGGAGGGACGAAGUUAACUUAGAAAUGUGUACUUAUUUGUGUCAUUAUUGCUGUUAGAAUGUCUUAUCAACUUUGAACAAAUAUUAAUGUAUGUUAAUUUGAGGCAAAUUUCAAUAACAAUAGGUUUGUGGAGAGCACUGUGUGAUCAUUGUUCUGCCUAGAUCUGCAAUUACAUCAUGAGACUUGACUUAUUUUGUGAACCCACACUCUUGAAAUGCUAGAGCAGUAGUUUGUUUUAAAUGGACUAGAGAACCAAACUUUUGACAGGAUUGUGACAAAAUCCAGGGAUGUGGCAUAAUAAAAAGUCUGUUAAAAGUAUAAUAAAGAUAAUUAAUUAUAUUAA